GCUCGAAACCCCAACACAUGAGACACAGCGGCCGCAACGGCACAAGCGAAAGCACACACAUAAUAUACACGACCGCGCUCUGUCAACGCACGUCCGCGCGAUCGCGACGAAGAAUUAACAAGUGACUGAAGUCGCGCCGGGAUUUUUUUUAUAUAAUCGCGAUCAUUUGUAAACUGAGCAGGUGAUGAUAUUCAGAGGUUGUUGUGUUCUAAUGAGACGGAACUGUCAGAGGAGACUCCAAUAGAAGAUCUUUGUGAGACUGUGGCCGUUUACCUAACUGUGCGUUUUUCUGUUUUCUUCCAUAUUCACCUGGACUUCGCCGUGGUGGUGCAAUUGAAACGUGUCGUCAUUUCGGACGUGACGUUGUCGCCCUCCGAUGCUGUGGUGAUUGUUCCCUGCGUGUCGUCUUCUCACCACCACCAUAAUCCUCACCAUCGCGGACCCCGUGGCGUGUGCCGCUCCGACCCUGUACGACCAUGUGCACCCCCCGGGCUCAUCGCCAGCCACCGCCGGAGCGGGUUCUUCCGCCGGGGUGACCUGGUGGUCCAUGAUGAACGGCAGCCUGUACGAGGAGAGCCCCCCGCCUGCGCCCCAGAGUGCUGCGACCCCCAUCAGCAGCACUGGGGGCGGUAUGACGAGCCCCCCAGGUGCUGCGGCAGUCACCACUUCGGCCACCUCCAGCUCUUCGCCGGCCAGCGUGACCAGCAACAGCGGUUCUGCGGCAGCUGCUGGGCCUCUGCACAUCCCCGCCAAGAGGCUGACCGGGUCCUCGGGGGGCUACGGAGACUGCGGCAGCGACGGGGUGAUCCGGCAUGGACACGGGCAGCCGUGGUCCUACUCCCCAUCGGACUCGCACCAAACGGCGUUCGAGCCCCCUGUAGGACUGAACCAUCACCAGUACAAUUCGGCACCCACAUACUACACUCUAGCAGCCGGGGUUCCUGGUGCCAAUCGAGAUGGACGAAAACCGCCCGACGUCUGGAACCCUGCCGCGACAGCCGGUACUGGAGGCACUCCCGAGUACAAGUACAGCGGCGUGCCAGCGGGUCCGAGCGAUCCGGCUGUCUCCUGCCACCAGAGCUUCUCGGGCAACUGGUGCAACUACUCCCCGUACUCGAUGGCGGCGUCCAGGCACCACGUGGACGCUGCCCACCAAGCAGUACCGUACCUGCCCGCCGACGACCGGGGGCGGGCAGCAGCAGCCGCCGCCAUGGUCGCAGAGACCGCCUCCUUUCACCACGAUCGGGGGUACGGUCUCGGGAACUAUGCCCCCGAACCCGUCCCUUCUACGCCCUAUCCACCUCCAGGUUCCUUGGGUUCGAUGGGCGUGACAGUACCGUGCGGCACCGGUACCAACCCUCUAGAGUGGACCGGACAAGUGACUGUUCGCAAGAAGCGCAAGCCGUAUUCCAAAUACCAGACGCUAGAAUUGGAGAAGGAGUUCCUUUUCAACGCGUACGUUUCCAAACAGAAACGAUGGGAGCUGGCAAGGAACCUAAACCUGACCGAACGUCAAGUGAAGAUAUGGUUCCAAAACCGGCGAAUGAAGAACAAGAAAAACUCGCAACGGCAACAGGCGCAGCAACAGAACAACAACAAUUCCGUCACUAACAACCAGAACCAUCACAGUUCGCAUCAUCAUGGCAACCAUCCGGCGGUUCAUACGCCCCAUCACAUUGUUAACCAUCACGUUUCGGCGAAUGGCGCGUUGAAGCACCAUCAGUGACCCAUGGGUUUUUCCGGGGUUGUGCUGGGACACCACCAUGGGUUAGCCGCUUAGAACCAGUUGAAUUGGUUCGGUUGCCGGAGAUUUGUUAGUUCAAUUUUAGACUGUUGACAACCCUGGAGAACAACGUUCUUUGCAGUGCCAAAGAGUAACGUUAAUGUUUUUUUAUGUUUUCUUUCGCUGAGUCUGAUUUCCGUUAGUCUUGGGGAAUACGAAUUUACAAUUUGCAGUGACAAAAACGUGAAAGCUUUUUUGGCAAUUGAAUAUUUGUCAAUUAUGCAACAAUCUAGACGUCUGAUUUAAAAUGAAAUGAGAGGUCAGUUAAAUUGAAAUGUAUUCGUAUAGGGUGGAUGGAAAAAUAACACAAAAAGUUUAUAUAAAGGGUAAAAAAUAGUAGAUUACAAUAUGUAUUGACUUCAAAUUCUGCAACAGACUACACCAGUCUUAGGAAUGAAAACUGUUACCGCCCAAGAAGAAAAACGAAAAUUAUUUUCUGGGCAUGUAACUUUCUUGGAACAAUUAUUGCAUUCUUGACCAAGUUAUUCAAUGUUACAUAAAUUGUUUGUCUUGAAAAGUGGCCCUUUUGAAGUCUGAGGUAAAAUCAGUAUAAAAACUACAACUCAUUUUAUUCUGAAAAUACGAUGAAGUUGGUAAAGUUUGACAUUGAAAAUUUACGUUACAAUGUUCAGGUUUUGUCUUUAUUCAGUGGCACAGACAUUUACAAUCUGUAUUUUGGUAGGAAUUAUUUUGUUACUUUUGGAUAUACGUUCUACCAUACGUUUUUCUGAAACUCCCUAAAAACAUAAAAUUGCAUGUCAAUGCUUGAAAUCGUCGUUACUCCGAGAUAGUAUUUAUUAAAAAAUUGAAUGAUUCUACCUACUAUCUGGCAUGAAUAAGAAGAAAUUGAAUGUGUUCAGCUUUUUAAUGGGGCCAAGAACGACUGUUGACUUACUUGGCCGAAGAUUGGCUCAAUUUUUAGACUGCUGAUAAACCCGUUCAUCGUAAUUGUGAUUUAAAAUAAUGCUAUUAGAGAGUUACGGUUAUCGACAAUAUUAAGGGGUGGUCUUUGGUUUUUUUCACUUUCCCUCUCAAGUCUGGAUCGGAGCGUUUCGACGUCGGCGCGGCUUUUUGGUUUUUUUUUGGGUUCGCGAAAGGUUUUAGCGGAAAACGAUACCGUUUCGGAAACUAGAAACUGGACGAUUUACAAGCGACUUCGAACCGUCGAGAUACGAGGACGAAAUGCGAUCAAAAACGGGGGUCAAAGUCGAAAAAACGUUAGAUUUUCGCGAAGUACGAAGACUUUGAUAGGCUACGUUUCGCCUUUUAUCAAAAUAUAGACUCGAGAUCGGCCUCAUACGUUAGAUAGAUGAGGAGCGGGUCCUAUAGCGUUGCCCUGUUUUUGAUUCGCAUCAUAGUUUUUUUUCUAGAAAUGUUCAAGAAAAAUGGCGAAAUGCCGUAAAAACUCCGAUACCUUCUUUAUGCCAAAGAGAAAAGGAAUCACGCAUGGCACAUUUUGUACAUCUAGCCGAGUACUAUAAAUUACGUAGAGAGAGUUUUUUUCGUUUGGGGCAGCCGUUUCGAAUAGACAAUUUUCAAACGUUGGAAUAUUGGCCUUUUUGGGUCUCAAACGUGCUGUUCAAUGUUCAAUUUCUAUCUCCUCUGAAGAUAACGGAGCUACGGACCUAAAGAUUUUUGCACGAGAAAGUCCAGACAUCAUACAUUUGGAUAGCGUUUUUUUUAUUUCUUUAUUCCUUUUCGAUUUUUUUAAAUUCCUCGGCUAUAUGCUACUUUUCGAUACAUGACAAAGUCACCAAGUUUUCGGCGUUGUAUAUAAUAUAUGCAAGAUAAAAAUUAUAUAGUGAUCGGAAAAUAAACAUUUUGAGCGUGGAAAGCGAGCCUGACUAUUAGAAUUCCCGUCAGAUUUCGAAAAGGCAAACUUUUAGGGCCUCAAAGGUACUGAUGGCAAGCCAUUUUUCGAUUUUUUUUGCAAAACGAAAGACCAAAGUCUCCUGAUUAACCCGAUAUACAUCGUCAUCAUGUAUAUAUAUAUAUAUAUAUAUAUAAACGUUAACCUUGACCUUGAUGGACAUUAAACCCAUAAGAAGUUAGCUUUUUAGGUAUGCGAUAAAGUGGCUCUCUUAACUUACUUUAUCGCCAAAUCUAUUUUCCGUAAGUUGUGUUGUGUUUUUUUCUUUAGCAAGAAUCAGAUAUCUGGUAAGAUUUUCAAGUAUAAUAAUUACUUGCGGACUUACAUUAUUUGAGAGGUCAGGGUGUACUGAAAGUCGGGAGUUUCAAGAAACAACUACGUUUGAAAUAACAACGUCAAAAGAAAAUUAAAGAAAAAUACUCUCUAUCUGGUACGAAAUUUCAAGUAUUGCCCUGUCACAUGUUUUGUUUGUAAAGAAAAAAAAAACAUGAGAAGUUUACUUCUUCCUAGGCUAGGUCUUCUGUGUCCAGUCCGGCGGCGUAUGCAGGAUAUAAACAAACCUACGCAUCGAGGAGUAUCAAUAGGAUCUUGGAGACGCUCAUAGUAAACUACUAUCAAAUCGAUAACUUACGUUGU